UCCCUCCAAACUGUAAAUUCCUGAGAUCGGGUACGGAUUUCGAACAAACUCAAAUCUGCUGAAUGUGCGUUUCUGCAGUAUAGAAGUCGUGUUUAAAUCAUAAUUUUUGUGAAAUCGCGGAAUUGAAGUAGUAUAGUGUGUAGAAAAAAUAAAGUAGCAUGUCUGAACGGGCCAACUUAAGCCCUGUCGCGUCCCAAUCAUUGCAUUCCUUUCAAAAAACUUGCAGCACCCCUAAGAAAAAUGGAGUAGACGUCAGUAAAUACCUGGAUUUUGAAGAUUUAUCAGAGGUAGAAAGGGCGAGUGAUGAUGGUGUUACUGUUAGAGAAAGGAAACGCAAAAUCACCACGACACAAUUGGCUUUACCAACAGUUAAUGAAAGCGUACGAUUGUCAACUCGUUUAAUGCCUUUUGUCCGAAAUGAAAGUGCAAAUACCAGCAGUACUUCAAAUGUAUUAGGGCUCUCUGAAUCAGAAAGUGAACGUAAUAUUAAAACACGGAAGGUGAUUCGUAAGGGUGAGGAUUGGGUGCUAUUUAAGCCACGUAAUCAUCAAUCACUUUUUGGCUCUAUUAUCACAAAUUCUAACGGAGAGGAGGAGGCGAUAAAAUGGGUGCAACUUUACCAUAAACAACCAGAUAAAGCAAUUGUUACCAUUAUCCAAUUUAUACUGGAUGCCUGUGGAUAUGAAGAAUUUAGCCUUACUGAAAAAUUUCAGAUGGACCAUGCAAAUUAUGUCGAACUAUUGAACCAUUUACAGCACCACCCACCACAGUUACAGUUGAAAACUGGAAAGUAUCUGUUUAACACCCGCAGUGGGUGGGGUAAGUUUGCGCAAGAGUCCAUAUUUCAAUUUGUGCAAACGUUAAUAGGAAUGAUACACCAACACGAUAUCUUAUAUGGCAAGGAUUUUGCUCAUGUCUUUGCCGUUAUUUUAUCCAUCAGCAAAAGCGUUAAUAGAGCGUUGCGUCAUGUUGGCGUUGUUUUAACGAUUAAAAUUUAUACUACCAUACUAACACUCUGUACACAACUGGAAAAAAAGAAUAUUAACCAUCGGAGGAAAGAUAAAAACAUCUUGCUUCAGUUGUUAUUGCUUCUUCAAGAUUGUAUCGAGGCUAACUGCCAUUUAAACGAUGUACAGUUAAAUGCCAUGAAAAUUACCUUCCUUCAUGAGAUGUGCUCUUGGUUUCAAAUAGAUCCAACACUAUUUGACUCGACAAAGUAUUUUAAUCGUUUAAUGUGGCUUGUCCAGGAUACUGCAAAACAGGUCCGUAUUGCCGCUCUAAAAAUUUGCCGUGAAUUGAUUACAAACGACUGUUUCUCUGAACAUAUGGCUAAUUUAUACCACACAAUGUGUGGGGUUGUAGCAAAUAGAGUUUACGACAUCGACUAUUCAGUUGCAGUCUCAGCUGUACAGAUAUUAACUACUAUAUUAGAUAGGUAUGGUGAAAUUUUACCUGAACAAAUUCGUAAUAAAGUAAUAUUACUGGUGUAUGGGAAACAUGGUUUAUUAGCCAAAGCUGCAGGAGAAUUUCUUAUUAAAACUCUACUAGCAAAAGAUACCGAUAUGGAAUUCCUUAGAAAAUUUACCCUGUUUGCAUCUGUGAACAAACCACAAUUGGUGCCUCUGCUUAUCGAUGCCACAUUAGAUUUUUGGCCAGUUAUUUCUUAUUGGCCUAAGAUGAUAGACUGGUUGUUAUCUGACAAAAGUACAACUGAAAUGGCUCCUAUAGUAAUCGAGAUUAUGUCAGACUCUGUACAGCAAUGUGUUACUGGAAAAUGUUCAAUUAAUCGUAUGAAGCCUUGCACCAAUGAAACGAAAACAAACUCGCUGGUCAUAACUAAAGUAUUUAUUACGAACAUGUCAUCACUAUUAAGAAAAUAUAAGGAAGAUUCAAAAUGUGUCGAGCUGUUAGUAAACAUUAUACUGCUUAUGCACUUUCAAGAAGUAGUAUUAACGAACAGUUCUCAUGAGCUUGAUGCCAUACUCUUUGUGUUACGACCUGUUUUUGUCAAGGAAACCAAUCGGGACACAUUGGAUGUAAUAAGUAGAUUUUUUUGUAAGCUGUGUGAAACAACUUUCAGUCAGAGACAUCAAUAUAUAAGUAAAAUUAAAACUCUACAAUUUGCUACUAAAGAUGCAUUAAGUAACUCUGUGAAGCAAUUAAAUAAGGACGAAGCAGAACCUUGGAUGAUCAGAAUGUUGAGUUUAAUCAAGCACUGCGAUAUGCAGGACGUUCUGGAUUUUAAGUUCUUGUUCGAUUCUGCCAAAACCAUUGUAGAAAACCAGUUUCCUACCAAGGUUAUAGAAGAUGCGUUAAAAGCUUGCCAUCACUCCUUAUGUUGGCAAUUGACCAGUAUAAUUGAAAUUGUAUUCGAAGAGGAUUCCGUUCUUAUCGAAGAAAAUAUUCAUAAAGUAAAAAACGAUUUUAACGCUUAUAUUGAUUAUUGCGUAAAGAUUUUGCAACAUUUGUCGGAUAAUACGUACUCUGCUGCAUUUGAGUGUAUUUGUGAGACUUACUCAAAGUUUCAUCAUGGCUUAAAAGACCCUUCAAAAAUAAAAGAAAUACUGUGCGAACUAAUUCCACCUGCCUUCAAACCCACAGAUUCCCAAUAUAUAAUGGAUUAUUGUCAAAAAUCGUUAUUUAAUGAUUAUUUAACAGAAGAAACUAUACGUAUGCGACGAACUUCUUUGGCGAACGUAAUGCGUUUAGUAUUGAUUCAUUCAAUUAACACAACUGAAAUUGUAAAACUGUAUACAUAUUACAAUUCGCAUAAUAAAGAUUAUGGUGACAUAUUUGAUUCUGGUUUGAAAACAAUUCAUGAAAAGAGCCCUGUUACUAAUAUUGGGAUAGUACUGCAAUGUUUAAUUUAUAAAUUUACACAGUUGGUGGUUAAUGACACGGAAGAAACCCGCAUGGAACUUCAGGCUCUUAGUAAACGAUUUCAGCUUAUAAUGAAUCGAUGGACUGAGCAGUCUUAUCAGCUAGUUAGUAUGGGUAUUAAGUACUCUGUUAAGUCACAAACGCAUUAUCAAUUUCUUAAUUAUGUGAAGUAUUUUACAGUUUCACUAUCUACCAAAGAAAAAAUAGAACUAGUAAACAAACUGAUUUCUAAUAUACCAGAAAAGAACCGUGAAGACGCAGCAGUUCAAGUUUUUAUAUGCUACACAAAAAAUAAGAAAGAUCCUCAACAAAGCGCAGCGAGGAAGCUAUCAAGUACAACCACUACAUCAGACACAUUGGAAAUUGAAGACGACAAGUCUCAAGAUAUGUCACCCAACUCUUCUAUUGAAAAUAAUGAAAUACAUAAUAGCAGUGAUGAUGUCUAAUUAGUAAAGUCAAAACCAGAUAUUAUAGAUAUGUACAUUGUUUAUUUAAUACUUUAAUAUUAAGUUUUAUUCUCGUUACAUAGGUAUGUAAAACGAAGAUUUCUUAAAUAAACACCAAA